AUGUCUACUCCGGACCUCCAUAUCAGUUUAUUACGCCCUCCGGUUAUUCAAAUUCUCCGCGCCGCAGGAUUCCACUCGACCCGCCCGGCAGUGGUUGAUACUCUCACCGACAUGGCGAGUCGGUAUCUCCUUCUCCUCGCUUCGGCUACUGCGCAACAUGCCAUCAACAGCCACCCAGUGUGCCCUAUACCGACACUUGACGAUACGAUUAUGGCUUUAGAAGACGUUGGCGCUUUACGACCCCAGAUUAGCAGGCUGGAGGAGGAUCGCUGCGGCGAAGAAGAUAUGAGAGCGGUUGAAGCAUUCCUAUCAUGGUUCAGUGGGCCAGCGAAUAGAGAAAUCAAGCGAGUGUCUGGAUUUAUUGCUGGUGAGGGGGAGGUGGUUGAUGAAGAUUCGUUAGAGAAAGAAGACUACUUGAGUGCACUUAAAAAGAAGCAUAGCAAGACUGGUGAAGAAUCGAGGUUUCAAGGAACAGUUCUCGGAAAGGAUGCAGAGGAGCGUCUGAUAGUUAUCGAAGGAGGUGCCGAAUCCAUAAAGGCUUGGAAGGCGCAAACAAAAGCUAGGGAACAUAGCUCUGAACCGACUUCCACGAUUAGCAGUCUCUCAAGCAGCAUUUCGGUACCGGAUCUUAUGGAAAUAUGA